AUGACAAGCCUAAUUUACACGGUUGGCAAAGAACGAUAUGGAGUCUAUGUACCGAAACAUUCCAAACCGUCAAGUCAACCCAACAGGAGAGAGAGGCAGAUACAGGCCAUUAGACAAGAGCUUAAGAAACUGAGAAAGGCAUAUAGAAAUGCCAAAGACGAGGAGAAACUUGGAUUGCAAGAGCUACGAGACUUGCAGAGAAAGCAAUUGAGGGAACUCAGAAAAGCAGAGACAGCAAGAAAGAACAGACGAAAGAGAGCACAACAAAGGACUGCAUUUAUAGCCAAUCCAUACAAGUUCUCCAAAAAGUUGCUAGACAAGGAGAAAUCAGGCAUCCUCAACAGCUCAAUGGAGGAGAUACAGACCCACCUGAGGGAUACACAGUCUGACACCAGAAGAGAUGACCCUUUGGGCCCAUGUGCACACAUCAUGCCUGAACCAGCUCCAACUAUAGCACUUGACAGUAAAGAACCCACCCUGGCUGAGGUGAAAGAUGUAGUGAAGAAAGCUAGAGCUGUCUCUGCCCCAGGACCUAAUGGAAUACCAUAUAAGGUCUACAAGAUGUGCCCAAGACUGCUUCGUCGCCUUUGGCGCCUAAUUAAGGUGGUAUGGAGAAAAGGACAGGUACCCGAGUGCUGGCAGAAAGCGGAAGGCCUAUUUGUUCCUAAGGAAACAAACUCGCACAACAUUAGCCAGUUCAGGACAAUAUCACUUUUAAAUGUGGAAGGCAAGAUCUUCUUUGCUGUUCUCGCUAGAAGACUGACCACAUACCUUACUGCUAACAAAUAUGUGGAUACUUCAAUCCAAAAAGGAGGUGUGCCUGGAUUUUCUGGUUGUGUAGAGCACACAAGCGCUUUAAGCCAGCUGAUACGUGAAGCGAAAGUUAACCAACAGGAUUUGACAGUAGUAUGGCUAGACCUAGCAAAUGCAUACGGCUCCAUACCACACCAGCUAAUACGAAGAGCGCUGGAUCACUAUCACAUACCAGCACAUGUACAGAAGAUUGUCCUUGGGUACCUAGACAACAUUCAGCUGCGCUUCUCAGUGAGAGAGAAGAUAACAGAGUGGCAGAGGCUUGAGAAGGGAAUCAUUACUGGCUGCACCGUUUCCGUUGUCCUAUUUGUCAUGGGCAUGAAUCUCAUCCUGAAUGCUGCCAAGAAGGAAACCCGUGGACCAAAAACUGCGUCAGGGAUCUACCUACCAAGCAACAGGAGCUUCAUGGAUGACUUGACUAUAACAACCCAGACACAUGUGCAGGCUAGAUGGGUCCUCUCAGCUCUUGAGAGUACAACAUCUUGGGCAAGAAUGAAAUUCAAGCCAAAGAAAUCCAGAAGCCUUAUCAUCAAGAAAGGCCAGUCAACCAAGAAGUUCAACCUCCAGGUACAGGGAGAAGACAUCUAUCAUGGAUAG